UCCUCACAGCAGACUGGCACAAACCGGGAAGUCAUGGAACGCACCACAAACACACAGUGCGGCGUUCAGGGCCCAAACACGGAGGACUGCGCUGUGUGCCUGGACAAAAUUCAGGAUAAGAAAACGUUGAAGUGCCUUCACGCUUUCUGCUCUGACUGCAUCGACUCCGUUUUCAAGCAGAAGCCCGCCUGCCCGAUCUGUAACACUUACCACGGAGUGUACACGGGCACGCAGCCCGCGGGCACGAUGACGGUGACGCGGAGCUGGCAGAGGCUGCCCGGGUUCGAGGGCUGCGGUUCCAUCGUCAUCAGCUACCACUUCCCAGCGGGGAUACAGGGGCCUGAGCACCCAAAUCCUGGUGUCAGAUACAGCGGUACUUCUCGUACGGCCUUCCUGCCGGACUGUGCAGAGGGAGAGGGAGUCCUGCGGUUGCUGAGGAAAGCCUUCGACAGACGACUCAUCUUCACCAUUGGACAAUCUGCCACCACAGGCCUUAACAAUGUCAUCAUCUGGAAUGAUAUUCACCAUAAGACCAGCAUGGGAGGUGGUCCACAAUGUUUUGGAUAUCCAGAUCCAGAAUACUUGGUCAGGGUUCAGGAGGAGCUUCGUCUCAAAGGUGUGACAGAAGAUGACUGAUGACUGAAUCCCCCACAUUCAGCACUCAUCUUUAAAUAAGA